ACCUAAAGCCUUUAUGAGACUGGGGAAGAAAGGAACCCUUCUUUCCAUUGUGUCCAGAGUGAAGGUUUUGAAUCCAUAAACCUAAAAUUCGAGGCUAGUUACCUGCUCAUUCAUUGCUCCCCCAGUCGGCGCGGAGGUGCCGGAAGGGAUCGGGGGUAAUUGUGCAGCCCAAUAAGCCUACAGAGAUGCUCGAAUCCUGUCUCCCUAACGUGCUCUGGAACCUAUCAUUUGAAUUAGCCGAGUCAGGCAGGGAGGGGGCGGGGAGUCCUUCCGCCCUCCUUAGGAGGGGCUGCAUUGCAGGGGGAGACUGGGCAGACAGACUCAGUCAUUGGAGAGGGAGAGGGAGUGAGAAGACAAAGCCGUGGAAGCCCCCACAGCUUUCUGUUUCUCUAGCCCAGCGCAGACCCCGGAGCCCCCAGGCACGCCCUCCGUCUUUGGAACACGCUAGUCAUUCAUUGAUAACAGAAAGCUAUGAGGGACCCUGUGAGUAGCCAGUACAGCUCCUUUCUUUUCUGGAGGAUGCCCAUCCCAGAACUGGAUCUGUCGGAGCUGGAAGGCCUGGGUCUGUCAGACACGUCCACCUACAAGAUGAAGGACAGCAGCGUUAGCAAAAUGACCGGGCAAGCCACUGGAGCAGAGCGAGAGAAAAGCCCUGAAGCUGAUGCCCUCCUUGAGUACAGCACCUUCAACUUCUGGAGAGCUCCCAUCGCCAGCAUCCACUCCUUCGAACUGGACUUGCUCUGAGGCCAAGACUUCUCUCCCCCUUCUUGCCCUGUCUUCCCUUUCAAGCCCCUUCCUUCCCACCCCUUUCGCAUUUUAAUCUUGUUCUCUCUCCUCUAUUGUGUUGGUGGUGCUGAUGAAUCUGCCAGAGUUGAGUUGUAUUUAUUUAUUUAUGUAUUUAUUUAUCUAUUUACUCCAUUUCUCUCAAGAACCCUCAAGCUACAAAGUAAAGGGUUCAAGCAAUGGAGUAUUGGGUCACAGGGAUUUCUCCUUUUCCCUCCAAAAAUUAAUUCCAGAAACUAGGCCUGAUGGGGACAUCAGAGAGUAGUGCAGUGGUGCAAAACGGAAGACUAAUUUUUUUACUCCAUUUUAAUCAGCUUCAGAGAUGACUCAGACCUUCCUAAUUUCCUGCUCUAGGCCUAUAAACACAACUAUUUUGUCAAGGGUUAAUGAAAACCUUGGAAGUUUGAGAUUAUCUGCUAUAAAACAGGAGGACUCCUAAAAAGCUAAGAAGAUAAGUUUCUUGCUUUUUUGAUCCUGCUGCUUCUUUAUCUCGAGAAAGUGGGGGUAGCUAAAGGUAUAAAACAAGAGGAAAUAACACAUUAUGGCAAGUGAAACUUGAGAAAAACAUUGAAUCAUUUCAGACACAGCUAAUCUCUUUUUCUCAAAAGGGUGUUCCUUCUUCAAGGCCACUCACUUUACAACUUUGCUCCUGUGGGUUGAAGUUAGAUAUAUCUUAAAAUAUAUUCUUGCUAUUAUGAUUUGUAAGGCUUUGAUUCAGUCUUUUAAAAGGCAUAGGGUUUGGUCCCUAGUAUUUGUCUUGUUCUCCUGUAUUUGCAACGUAUGGUACUGAUCAAUGGGCCUUAGACAAGCUACUAAUUGAGACCAUGAGAUAAAUAAUUCUGACCCUAUGUCUUGACCCCACUCCUUCCAAAAUUUUGCUGAUUUGUGCUGCCAUUUACUCAUUGAAUAAAGACAGUCAAUCCCAGGAA